AGGAAGGCGCAAGGUAGGUGGCUGGUCCGCUAGUGUAUACUUUCGUCGUCCAUAAAUAGACGGUGCCUCGCUCGCCAUUAGCCAGCUCCGAGCUAGCAGCAUUCAGAGAUACUACAUAUUUUCCAAGCUAGCCUGCAUUUGGUACACACACAUACAACAGACAUACAUAUAUUUCCAAGCUUGUUAAACGAGAGGAGGAUGUCUAUGGUGAGGUUCUUGGACACGCUGGCCCUGGACUCGUGGAACCCCUUCGGCAGCAUCUUCGGCACCACGGCGUCCGGCGGCGCCGACGCGUGGCUGGCCAGCGACACCACCGCGUUCGCCGACACCUACAUCGAGAGCCGGGAGACGGCGGAGGCGUACGUGUUCAGCGCCAGGCUCCCCGCGGGGGUCACCAAGGAGGAGGUCAAGGUGGAGGUGGAGGAGGAGGGCAAGGUGCUGGUCAUCGCCGGCGAGCGGACCCUGCGGAGGGAGGCCAAGAGCGAGACGCGGCACCACGUCGAGCGCAGCUGCGCCACCUUCUUCGGCAGGUUCCACCUCCCGCAAGACGCCGCCUUGGGCCAGGUCAGGGCCGCCAUGGAGGACGGCGGCGCGCAGCUCACCGUCACCGUGCCCAGGGUCGGUGCCGCCGCCGCCGCCGUGGCCAUGCCCGAGCCUCCCAUGGCCAUCGAGGUCGUCGAGGCCAGCCCGUGCUGAUGGCGAUCGACGCCGGUGCCGACUACGGACGUACGUGCAGUAAUAAGUUGCUGCUCGUAUGUAUGAUCUGCUUGAUGGGUCCGCAGCAAAUUGUGGUGUUCGAUGUACGUAACUACGUACUACUUUCAUCGGCCAUUCGGCCUGUAAUAUGCAUGCGCACAGUCAAGUUUGCAUGUACUCUUACUUGUCAGUUUUGGUGUUCACGGUCAAAUUAGUGAAGUGUUCACUGUCAAGUUGAUGAAGAGAAAGCCUGAAUCAUUCUACUGGUA